UUACUGCGUUCCAUUCGGAUCCAACUGCUUCAACUUUGUGAGAACCUUGAUUUCUAAAUAGGCAGCAUCUCGAUACUUAUGAACAUUACGUACAAUCUUCACAGCCCUCAUUUUAUCUCUCUGCUUAUCGUAAGCCUUAAUUACUCUUCCAAAAGUCCCUUCACCAAGUUCCUCACGAAGCUCCCAUCGCCCAUGAAGUAUGUCGUUUUUCUUGAAAAUCAGGUGGCCAUCAUCAUCAUCAGGCAACACUCCUACUUGCCGAUCGAGGUGCGCUUUCAUCCGCGCUCUCUUCUCUGCACGUUCGGCGCGUCCUUGGUCGUCUCUCCUAGUCCUUAA